AUGCUACAACCACGGAUAGGAGCACCGCUACGCCGCAUAUUGCUGUCUAGACCUUCAAUAUGUUCGAGAUGUCAGACACGUCUUGUGACUGCAUCAAUUGCACAGCAGUCAUUUGCUCGGACCUUCGCCUCCGCCCAAAGUCUCCGCCGACCAGCGACGGAUCCAAAGACUCCCGAGUCCGCGCCUACACCCGACCCCAAAGAUGAGGACAUAUUCAUUCCUAAGCCCCUCGGCCGACCCAUUGGCUUCAAGUCCGCCCCGCAACCAGGUGAAAAUGCUAGCAUACCCAAGACGAAAAAAGAUUAUUCCGGCAUGACGAUGUCGCAGCGGAAUUUGGAGAAGCGCAAGGACCUGGUAGAAAAAUGGGGCACAAACUAUUUUCGCGACUUCAAAAACAUUCGCAAAUACAGGUCUGGCAAGACAUUCAUGGCAAACCCUCGGAUCUUCAAGAAAGAGGCGGCGUUGUACUUUCCGAACUUCCAUGGCGAUACACUAGAGGGCAAGGACAGAGACACGACCAAUGUAUUGACGGGGAAGGUCAGUGUGGUGAAUGUAUACAGUUCACAAUGGGGUUUAAAUCAGGUGGAGACAUUCACUGGGGCUAAGACGAAUGCCAAUCUGCACAACAUGCUUGCACAGCAUCCAGGGGUAGCGCAGAUGGUGGAUGUCAAUAUUGAAGAGAACACCAUGAAAGCAUGGAUCAUUGCACUCUUCCAGUGGCGGUUGAAGGCCUCGAAACCAAAAGAGGAUUGGAGCAAGUACUUCGUUGUCAGGAAAGGAGUCAGCGAGAGAAUACGAGAGACAAUUGGCUUGCUGAACGGUAGAGUUGGAUACAUUUAUCUUGUGGAUCAAGAUUGCAAGAUUCGGUGGGCAGGGAGCGGGAAUGCAGAGGGCACAGAGAUGGAGGACAUGAACAAAGGGUUUGCCAAGCUGAUUGCUGAAGCGCAAUAA